AUGGCGCCCUCACUACCACCUCCCAUCCCCAAAACCCGCGUCGGCGGCAUCCCCGGCGUCGACCGGGGCCGCAGCCUCUUCUCCACGGAGCGCUUCGGCGCCGGCGAAACCAUCGCCAUCAUCGACAACCCCUUGCUCGCUCUCCCAGACGACGCCAACAUGCGGACGACCUGCAACUACUGCCUCUAUGUCAGCGGGACGAUCGAGUUCGAGGGCGAUGUGGAAGCGGGGCCCCGGACGUGCAAGGCGUGCACGGGCUGCAAGGCGGCCGUGUACUGCAACGCCGAGUGCCAACGGGCGCACUGGAAGCUGGUGCAUAAGGCCGAGUGCAAGAUGUUCAAGCGCAUCAAGGAGCGGACGGGCAAGGACUGGUUGCCAACUCCCGUGAGGGCGGUGGCGCAGGUGAUGCUGUUGUUGAAGGCUGGGGAUGAGGAGACUGUCAAGGCGUUUGGGCCUGGUGGUACGUUGGAGAGUAAUGUGGAGGGGUUCAAGACUGAUGAGGGCUUGUGGGGUGAUUUCGAAUUACAGGCUACGGGGGCGGUGGUUUAUGCGGGCUUGUUGCAGAGUGAUGAGACGUUGAAGCAGGCUAUGGAGGUUUUGUGCAAGAUGCAAACGAAUGCGUUCAAUAGGUUUGACGCCGACACGGGACAGGCGGGCAUCUACCUUCACCCUAGUCUUUCGAUGGUUAAUCACUCUUGCGUUCCGAACGCCUACAUCGCUUUCGAGAAGCGCAAGGCCUUUCUCAAGGCGGAGAGGGAUAUUGAGCCGGGCGACGAGAUUCUGAUUUCAUAUAUCGAUCACACUAUGCCUCGCCGUGCAAGGCAAGAGAGUCUUCGACUCUAUCACUUCCAGUGCAAUUGUAUUCGUUGCAAAGACGAUUUGAAUGCCUACGAAGUCAUCCAGGCUUGCGGGGUUUCUCCGGGUGUCAAGUGGCUAAAUUCCACCAGUUUCCAGCCGGAUGUCGCCAGCCUGGUUCCUGCUUACAUCGAAAGGUCAAAGACAGUACCAAAGUCAAAGAUUGAGGAAAUACACUGGAAGUGUAUGGAGUUGACUUGCAUUGUUCAGGGGGAUCCUAUGGAGAAUGCGCGAGCCCAGUGGGAACUUUGCAAACCUCUCAGGGACGCCCAGCUGUGGGCUCUCGAUCCCCUUCCUCCCACUAUUCUCAGGAUAGCUACCAUGCUGGGUUCUAACCGUACUACGCUAGCCAAGGCGCUUCCUCUGCACUGCUUCAUGGCGUUGGAAUGCUACCCCUUCAAGUACCCGGCAUCAUUCACGCCUUUCAGGGUCAAAACACUGAUGACAAUUGCAAAGCUCCUGUCCGCGGCGGGAGAUUUGACCUAUAGCGGCGAUCUUGCUCGGUACUGCGACCACGAGGGUGUCAUUGGGGUUCUGGCAACCGCCGACAUAGUUUCUUUGACCGAGGUCAUCCUUCGGCUGGUCAGGCAAAACGGCGUCAUAGGGGGUGUGGCAUCGUGGGACGUCUUAUUCGGAACCAAAGAAAUGUUGCGCGACAUCGAAGAUCUGCAAGAGCGUGACGAGAAGGACGCCGCUAUGGUCAAGCAUUGGGCAAACAAUUUGCAAGAUCCUGUGAGCAAAGCCUUCUGGGAGAACGUUGUGCUCAAGCCGAUCACACAGCUCGCGAGUUUCGCAAUUGAGAUCAUCGAGGCUGAACUGGGAUGCAACAAGAGUCUGGCUCGGAAGAAGCUCGGCCUCCGACGAGGUCCGUUUGUGACAGUUGGGAGAUGUCAGAUUCUUGGCAGUUUGCUGGUCACCCUCGAGCCGUUGCACCCUGCUCUUGAGAAUAUCGAAGUCUAUCUGAAGACUUUCGAUAGAGCGCAUGUCGCUCAACAUGCGUCUCAAGUCUACAUUUUCAGCACGAAGUGUUGCAACUUCAUUCUUGUCGAGGUCAGAGACCUGGGACCUAAGCCCCGCCAGUUCUUGUUGCAAACGGCUUCCGACUUUGGUCAAUCCGUUGCUCGCUUGUCUGGGGAGCUCGUUCUUCGAUAAGGCAUUGUUGAUAACUCCCGCCCGGGGGGAAGUGCCACUUUCCCCUGGUGUCUCGGCCGAGCUAACUGUGCUGACUCUACUAGAUGGCUCUGUGUCGUUGAGGACGCGAUCGAUGAGGAAGUAACUUUUCUUGCCCGCGUCGUCGUAUAGGACAAUUGUGCAAUCAAAGAAUAGGAUAUGAUUUCUA